AUGUCAUCUAAGAUUAUGGACGUCCUGGGAAACGCCAAUUUUGUUGUCCCUCUCAUAUCUUUCAUGGACUUCGAAUGCAUAAUCUUUCAGUCAGAAGAAACCCUGACUGAACGGCAACUGCAGGUUUAUGCGCAAUUUGCUGAACUGGCUAGAACGGAGUUUACGCAGAGCAGUCCAGGCCUUGAUGUUACCCUCGAACAGGCGCAGGAGCUUGCCAACAAUAGAGAACUUUGGCCAGGGGAGGGUUUCCGGCGAGUCGGCCUCGCCUUAGCACUCGCGGCAGGGAAUCCGCCUUACUUUGCCAAAUUAAUGGAAAUAAUCGGUGUUCAACUUCAGAUCCGCGCGUUGCUUGCCCUGCUGCAAAAUUCACCAGCCUAUACAACAGGAUUUCCACCAGGCUUCAACAAUCAGUGCGACAAUUUCCUUUUUGAAGCAGCUGGAAGUGUGCCUUGUGAUUUGACUGAGGCGGAACAAUUCUUGACCGAAAAACUCGAGCAGGCGAGAAUCCUCGAUGAGGUAUGA